AUGGUAAAGAAUACUACUCACCUGCUAGAUGACAGGAUCGAAGAAAUGGACAGGAAGUACAGAAAAGUAGUUGGAAAUCUUGCUGCAAACUUUGCAGCUGCUACGAUUAAAGUUCAAGCAAGAUACUUCCAUCGAAUUGGCACAGCCGGGAAAGGAACUCUAAGGCUCUAUGAAAAUAUACCUGGAUUUCCUGAGCACAAAAUUUUCUCAUCAGGAAAGUGCUAUCCAGUUAUUGUUCGCCACAGCAAUUGCUUAAGUUCAGAUGAUGAUGCAAGACUUGAUCCACGAGGUGCAGCACUAAGAAUACUUUCAGAUGAGAGUAAGAGUAGUACGUCACUUCUUGAUUUGACCUUGAAAACGGGUAGAGCGUUUCAUGCUCGUACAAUCGGUGACUUUGCAACAUGGCUGGUUUGUGGGGCUGCAGCACGUGAAGAGCAUGUGAAACAUGCUCCACACAUAAGGGAUGCUAUGUGGGAUUCGUUAAGAAAAACCAACUCUUAUGCUGAGCUGCAUUACUAUUCAAACAUUUGCAGGUUGUUCAGAUUCAAAGAUGGAAGCGAAAUGUAUGUAAAGUUUAAACUCAGGCCAUUUGAUGAACAGUUCAAUGAGGAUUCUGGUAAAGUGGAGCGCACAGGUAUACUCCCACCUGAAACUGGUGCAAUCCCAAGAGAUGAGAACGACAAACGCCCACUGCUUUUUCUUGAUGAUGAUUUCAAAAGUCGUGUGAAUUCUCAUGAAAAAGUGCAUUACGUGCUUCAACUGCAGUUUCGUCAAGUGCCAAAUGAUGAAGUUGCAUGUGAGAUUGCACUUGAUUGCACCAAACCCUGGGAUGAAAAAGAAUACCCGUACGUUGAGGUGGGAGAAAUAACAAUUGACCAGCUACUCACCAACGAAGAGUCUGCUAAGUUGGAGUUCAACCCAUUUUUAAAAUGCAAUGAAGUGGAUGUUAUUCGGGCCACAUCAUGCUCCCAGAGUGCAUCCUUGGAUCAUGGCAGGUCAAUCGUGUACUCCAUCUGCCAGCAUUUACGCAACAACAAACCAUUGCCUGAAAGUUGGAGGAAAUUCCUGGAUCAAUCUGAUGUGAAAGUCAACUUCACAGGUUGCCCGAUGGCUAAGGUAAUGGAGAAAGAAGAUAACCAAAAAUUGACGCUGACAAGACCAUGGCACCAAAAUUUAUGGAUGAUGUCUGGUCAGCCGCUACUACAAACAGCCUUACCGUACUUUCUAAUGGGCAUGAUUGUGUUCGCUCCUCUUAAUGUGACAAUGUACAUAAAAGAGCACAACACACUCCAACUGCAUUGGCUGCUACCCAUGUUCUGGUUCAGUUCGGGUAUUCUAGCAGGACUCGCUUGUGCUCUAGCCAAAUGGGUUCUUGUGGGGAGAAAAAAGGAAGGAGAAACCGUAAUGAUUUGGAGUAUAGGCAUCUAUAUGGACACUAUAUGGCAAGCUAUCCGGACAUUAGUUGGCGAAUACUUUAUGGAGAUGACCAGUGGUUCAGUUCUGUUUGGGUUAUGGAUGAAGCUAAUGGGCUCGGAUAUCUCGUGGGACCAAGGAGCUUAUGUGGAUGGAAUGGGUGCUGUGCUAAACCCUGAGAUGGUAAGCAUCGAACGAUACGGGUCUGUAGGGAGAGAAGCGCUACUGUUUGGACAUAUAUAUGAAGGCGAAGACGGAAAAGUGAAGUUUGGAAAGAUUAAGAUCAAGGAAGGCGGUUUCGUGGGAAGUCGAGCUGUGGCUAUGCCUGGAGUUACAGUGGAGAACGAGGGAUGCCUUGCUGCUCUUUCACUAGCCAUGAAGGCAGAAAUUGUCAAGUAAAAAAGGCGCCGCAGAAAGAAAGAAAUCAAGUCUUCUAAUAUUAUAUGUUUGUGAUUUUUUGUUUGUUAAUAUAUGUAUGGUAUGUAUAAUGUAUAAGGUGUGCUCUGUAUUCGUUUGGUUUCGUUUUGUUUCUGAGUUUAAUAAAUUUUUAACCAAUAAAUUUAGAUUUGAA